UGUUGCUGACGUUUGACCGUCGGACGGAGGGUGCAUGUCGCAGCCAGAGUGAACCAGGAAUAUUCGCUAAUCUUGGGAAUAUCAAAUCCGUGGAUAUUUUUGGAAAAACCAUGCAGAAAUCUUGAAAUGAGCGUGUGAGAUGGUAUCACUUCCGAAAGUGAGGAUAACUAUCACUGCCUCUUUGAUGAAUACGAGCAGAACGGGUCUCAGGAAUCGCUGCUGCUGCAUUCAUAAACACUUCUUUAGGACUCACAACAACCCCUGAGCUUUGUUUUGGGGUCACGAAAAAAAAACACUACGUAUUCCUGUUGUGCACUUGGGUUGACAAUGGCUGAAAAGGGUCAAGUGAACAUAGACCAUCUCGACGGAGUUGUCAGGCUCCGAGAGGAACACGAGAAGGUGGUGAAAGACUGUGAAAGUCGGGUUCUGCACUGGAAGAAGGUGUCAGGUGACUAUGAAGCCUUGAAUGAACGACUUCAAACUCUUCCAGACCAACUGACUUAUGACAUCAUGGUGCCAUUCGGCCCUUUGGCCUUCAUGCCGGGGAAGCUGGUGCACACCAAUGAGAUCACAGCGUUGCUGGGUGACAACUGGUUCGCGAAGUGCUCCGCCAAGCAGGCUCAGAAAAUUGUCAACCACAGGAUGAAAUAUGUAAAGAGCGAACUAGAAGAUCUGACAAAGACGAUGAAAAACUUUGAAGCCAGAGUUGGGUUUGCGAAGAAUUUGGAAACCAUGACAGCCAAUAAAAGUGACUAUGUUGACAUUAGGGAAGAGGCUGGGAACAAUGACACUGCUGUCUCCAAAGGAAAACAAAGAAUAGCCCACAAACCAAAUUCAAAGCCCAAGUUGGAUGCCGUGUUGGAUUUAAGAGAGGAUGAGGAGAAUGAAGGAGAGGGCAGAGAUGAAGAAAGCAGAAAAGGCAUCCUGACAGAGGAGGAGUUGUGGGCUCGAUUAGACGAGCUUGAGAAACUUGAGGAGCUACAAGAUGAGCAGGAUAGAUUAUCUGAUAAUGCAGACAUGAACGGUGAGGACACAUCAUCCCUUUCCUCAGAAGAAGAGAAGGAUGGAGACGCUGCAACUCCAGUAAACGGGCUGAGUCUGAAGCCCAGCUGGACUUCCGUGCCUCACAGUAAAGCGUCAACCAGCAUAGACAGGAAAGAGGAAGAAGACGAUGAGGAAGAGGAAGGCAGCUCUUUGCCCACCAUUUUUUUCUCUCAUACAGUUGAACCUAAGAAGGUGAGGAUAAACACAGGAAAAAACACCACAUUGAAGUUCAGCGAGAGGAAAGAGCAGAAGGAACACUCGAAGAGGAAAAAGAAAAACGGCCACAAUAAUGGACACUCCCAUCACGAACUUCACAAAAUCACAACGCCAGCAGACAUAUACAGGUUGUUUGUGGACGUGAAGAACGGGGAACUCAUCCCCAGGAAGUCCAUCCUGAAGUCACGCAGCCGAGAGAACAGUGUGUGCAGCGACACGAGCGAGAGCAGCGCUGCAGACUUCGAAGAGCGUCGGAUGAUCGGACGCAGCUUCAGCCAUGACGAAGCGACGCACAGCGACACCAGUGACGGCAUUACGGAAGAGGACAGUCCCACAGCGAUCCCACUGCACCCCGCCAACAGGUUUGAGGCUUUUUCAGGUACAGUGGUAGAAAAGGACCCGAUGCCUUCAGCUGUCCCUCAUCUGACCAUCGUUCCACCAGCUCUGCCGACCAUACUGGAGAGGAAACAGGAGGAGGUGGCGCCUGACGCCCCCCCGCCCGAGCAAGCCCCGAAAAGGGUGUCGAAGUUUAAAGCUGCCAGGUUGCAGCAGAAGUGACUGUUAUCGAGCAGAUAACUAAUACGGUCUUGUUUUUUCUUUUGUUGUUUUUUUAAGCCUUUGUUUUCUGACUAAACUGAUGAACUGGACAAAACCACACACCAUCCUCUCUUUUAAUCUCUUUUCUUCUUCUUUCACUUUUAACCAUACACGGUUUCUGUCAUUGAGUACGACUGUUCAGCGAGAAAAAGCACAGUAGCAACAUUUAAAAAAUCAGCUUUAUGUGUAACAAACGUUUUUAACAGUCAACCUGGUGAAAGCUUAUCUUCUCCCACAGUAUAAAUGGCACUUAACAAUUGUCCGUCUUCCUGUGGGGCCUCUUUAAACAGAUUGCUGUCUGCCACAAGCUUACCUGUCUUCUGCUUUUCUGUUGAGCCAUGCUGUUGCCAGUUUAGGUAAGACUCUAGGCUUUGUCAUUUGCGAUGAGUUGCCUUGUUUUGUUUUGUUUUUUCAAGUAUUGAUUAUUAAACCGAUCAGGUGCCCGCUAGCUUCUCUUGACGUACCUAAUGAAUGUAUGUAUUUCUUUGUGACAAGCUUUAUGUAAAGAUAAAAAAAGAAUAUUGAUGAUAGCUAAAAGGAAAAUAAAAGAUUUUGGCUACUA